AUGGCCCAGCCCGCCCCCGCGCAGGCCUCGGAGCGGGACCCCGAGGGCAGCCCCACCCUGCAGUCCUGCCAGCUGCCCGCCAGCGAGGCCCACCUGCACACGGCGGCCAUCUCCCUGUGGACCGUGGUGGCCGCCGUGCAGGCCGUGGAGCGCAAGGUGGAGGUGCACGGCCGCAGGCUCCUGGGCCUGGAGGGCCGGGCCGGCUCGGCGGAGAAGAAGCUGGCCGACUGCGAGAGGACGGCGGCCGAGUUCGGGAGCCGGCUGGAGGGCAAGUGGGCCGUGCUGGAGACGCUGCUGCAGGAGUACGGGCUCCUGCAGAGGAGGCUGGAGAACAUGGAGAACCUGCUCAGGAACAGGAACUUCUGGAUCCUCCGCCUCCCCCCGGCCACCAACGGCGAGGUCCCCAAGGUCCCGGUGAUAUUUGACGACGUCUCCGUCUACUUCUCCACGCCGGAAUGGGAGAAGCUGGAGGAGUGGCAGAAGGAGCUCUACAAGAAUAUUAUGAAGGGCAACUAUGAGUCCCUGGUCUCCAUGGACUACGCCAUGUCCCAGCCCGACGUCCUGUCCCAGCCCGCGCCCGACGUCCCGUCCCAGCCCGCGCCCGACGAGGCCCGGACCGUCGCAGAGGCCCGGCCCGAGGCCGAGGAGCGGGCCGGCCCCAACGCCGAACCCGGCAUCUCCGCCUCGGACAUCCUGUCCUGGAUCAAGCAAGAGGAGGAGCCCGGUGGCGGAAGGCAGCAGGGCUCGGCGGAGGAGCGGGAGCAGCAGCAGGAGGAGGCCGAGGGCAACGCGGAGGAAGCGGCGGCCCAGGCCGAGCGGGGCCCCUACGGCGCGGGCGAUGGAUUUGCGGUCAAGGCGGAAGGCCCGGUCCCGGCCCAGGGUCCGGCGGCGCCCGCCGGGGACAACGUCGCGGGCCCGGCCGGCGAGAGCCCGGGCCCGCCCGGCGAGGGGGAGGCGGGCGCGCCGGGCGGGAAGCCCUCCGCCGGGCGGGAGGGUAUCCCGGUCCCGCGGGGGGGCCCGGCGGGGGGCGAGCGGCCCUACCAGUGCUCCCACUGCGGCAAGGGCUUCGUCCAUCCGUCGCGCCUGACCUACCACCUCCGCGUGCACACCGGCGAGCGCCCCUUCGCCUGCGCCGACUGCGGCAAGAGCUUCACGGACCAGUCCCGGCUGACCAGCCACCGGCGGGCCCACGCGGCCGGGGCCGGGGCGGGCGGGGGUCCCCACGCCUGCGCCCAGUGCGGCCGCAGCUUCGGUCUGAAGAUCGGCCUGCUCCUGCACCAGCGCGGCCACGGGCAGGAGCGGAACUUCGCCUGCGCCCAGUGCGGCCUCCACUUCAACUGCCACUCGGGCCUGGCCCGCCACCGGAUGAUCCACACGGGCGAGCGGCCCUACCAGUGCCCCGACUGCACCAAGAGCUUCGUGCGUAAGGAGCACCUGCUCAACCACCGGCGGCUACACACGGGCGAGCGGCCCUUCCACUGCGCCCACUGCGGCAAGAGCUUCAUCCGCAAGCACCACCUCAUCAAGCACCAGCGCAUCCACACGGGCGAGCGGCCCUACCCGUGCCCGCGCUGCGACAAGGGCUUCCGCUACAAGCGGGCCCUCAAGGACCACCUGCGCGAGCACCCCCCCGAGCCCCCGGACCCUCCCGGCCUCCCGCCGGGGCCCGAGGGGGGCGGGUGGUGAGGCCGGCCGGG